AUGUUCGGUGCGACCAGCCGGGUACCUGCGUUUGCAUCGUGUAAUAUGGGGGAAUUUCCUGAAGGCGAAAGAUCUUUCGCAUGGGUUUCUGAGUGGAAUCGAUUCUGCAGCAUCGAAAUCUGUACAUAUAGAACUAGCUCAUCCUUUCUAUCCGGAGGAGCCACGAUUUUGACAUUGUGUUGCAAGUUUCAACAACCUAGAUCAACCAUUGCGACCGGGUCGGCUCUCAAACACUUCCUCGGCUGCAUGUGCUUGUUCAGUAAUCGGCCGGAGAUGGCUCUCAUCCCCGAACAGAAAGGACAAAUCGAAGAAAAUCUGCGGGGAAUCCUAGAGAUUCAAGAGUUGACUCCCGGGGUUUCUCGCUUUUGGAAAGGUAAGCUGAAAUUGAAUACUCAUGUACUGAAGAGAACAAAGACUAAAGCCGCAAAUAUAGAUGAGAAACACUUGCCUUGCAUCGCGCGAUCAAAAUCCCGCCGAGACUCAGUUCCUCAGGUUCUGGAUAAUAUGCAAGCUGGCGGCUUUGAGGAAUAUAAAUUACUAGAACGAGUCUGGUGUUCAAACGAGGGCCAGCUGUCUUCAGACAAUGAACUUACAUGA